UAUAAGGGAGGCUAGGUCUGCUCACCGGUUGCCCACGCAACGUGUAGGAGUUCCCAGGGCGAUGGCCCAAGACCCCUGGGGGCAGUGGCGAGUCCAAUGGGCAGGCUUCAACAGGCUGAAGCCUGCCCUCGAUAGAAAGCGAUUUUUUUACUACUAGUAUGCUUCGUUUCGGCCCGGACCAACUAGUCCCAGCGCCCAGCCCAUCAACUCCCAGCUCCCAGCCAGACGUGUUUCUCAUUCUCAUUCGAUCCAGCAGAGAGCAGAGAAGCGUCGCCCCCAAUCCUAACCCUAGGCAGCAAGCCGCUCCGCCGCCCCCCCCGGUCCCCCCGACUCGACCUCGUACAGGCGCUCGACGGCGGCACGGCCACCUCGUCCAGGCGGUCCACAAAGUGCGCGCGUCGACGAUAGGCUGCAGGACUCACGCGGCAUCGAAGGCCCCUGACGGCCUGACCCUGAGUGCAGCCGCCAACUCGUCGUUGGCCAGAGAAGUGGAGCCGCCGGCUGGCCAGAGUGAGCAUUCGGCUCGCAUAGCCGCACACUGCCACGCCCCAUUCCAAGCUGAGCGCAUCCAAUACUGGCUAAGGUAUAAUUCCCAGUUUGCUUCCAAGUUCCAUAAUUCCAUUCCUUUCUUUAAUUUGGCUCAUAUCAAUUACAGUUUGUUUGCUAGUUCAUGCGCUAUUAGUUGAUUUAGGUCAAUUACAAUUUAUUUGCAGAUUUAAAAAUGAAGAGAAAAACUAUGAGUAUGCAUAGUUUUUAUGCAAGCAGUUCAAUUACCCCUCCCCAAAGGUCUGCUCCUCCCCCUACCAAUGUCGAACCUGAACUUGAACCAACUAAUGUGACUGCAAAUCCCCUCCCCUUAAUUGUUGUGGGCACAAUCCCUCCUCCUGAACGCCCAAAUGAAUCCCCAAAUGUUGAGAUGAAUCAUACCACAAUUGAUGAGAGUACAAACCAACCAAGGCAACCUAUACCAGAAUUUCAUCCAAGUCAAAUUAUUUCCGAUCCAGGACUUCAAAUACCAAUAGAAGAUCAUGCUCCUGAAAUUAGAAGUGAUGUGAGACGAGCUUAUUUGUUGAAAGGGAGAAACAAAGCUAUUGGGCAUAAUUUUGAAAAGACAAAGGAUGGUAAAAUUUGGAGAUCCUUUCAACCUACGUGGUUUGAUACGUAUGAUUGGUUGGAAUAUAGUGUGGAAAAGGAGGCCGCUUUUUGCUUCCAUUGCUUUCUUUUCAAGAAACCAUCACAAGCCAUUAGAUUUGGAAAUGAUGUUUUCACAAAAGAUGGUUACACUCGUUGGAAAACAGCCCUAAGUAAUUUCAGGAAGCAUGUUGGUGGUCCAUCUAGUUACCACAACAUUGCUAAGGGAGAUUGUGAUGAUUUCAACAAUCAGAGAGCAAGUGUGGCUACCCAAUUUCGUGUGUACAACAAGGAGUCUGAGAUAUCUUAUAAAAUCCGCCUAACUGCAUCAUUGGAUUGUGCAAGGUAUCUCAUAGCACAAGGUGAAGCUUUUCGUGGGCAUGACGAAUCCUCCACUUCCAUCAACAAGGGCAAUUUCAGAGAGUUAUUGGACUGGUAUAAGGACAAGAAAGAAGAUGUGAAGGAGGCAUUUGAUAAGGGGCCAGGAAACGCACAAAUGAUUUGUUCCGGCAUCUAGAAGGACCUUGCUACAGCUUGUGCAAUGGAGGUAACCAAAGUUAUUAAGAAUGACAUUGGAGAUAAGAAUUUCUCAAUACUUAUUGAUGAAGCUAGAGAUUGCUCAAUAAAGGAGCAAAUGGCGGUGAUUGUCAGAUUUCUAGAUGAUCAUGGAGUGCUUCAAGAGCGAUUCCUUGCAAUUAAGCACAUCACAGAUUGUACAUCUGCUGGAAUUAAAAAAGCUUUGGUUGAUGUGUUGGAAUAUCAUGGUUUGUCAACUUCUAGGCUACGUGGUCAGGGUUAUGAUGGUGCUUCCAAUAUGAGAGGGGAAUUCAACGGUUUGCAAAAACUGGUUAGAGAUGAAGCUCCGUAUGCAUUUUAUGUUCAUUGCUUUGCUCACCAGUUACAGUUGGUGGUUGUCAAUGUGGCUCAAUGUAGUCCUGCUAUUGCUGAUUUCUUCAACUAUAUUCCGUUGAUAGUUACUCAAGUGUGUUCAUCUUGCAAAAGGAAGGAUGCAUUACUUGCCAAACAUCAAGAUGAGUUGUUAGAUUUGAUGGAGAAUGGAAGAUCACAGCCGGAACCGGGCUGCAUCAAGAAUCUAACAUAACAAGGCCAGGAGAUACUCGUUGGGGCUCACAUCUCAAAACUUUGCUUCGUAUAUUCACAAUGUGGAAUGCUGUGGUGGAGGUGCUAGGAAUUGUUGUGGUUGAUGCCCGAGAACACACAUGUCAAGGUGGAGCUAGAGAUUUGCUUAAAAACAUGGAAUGCUUUGAAUUUGUGUUCAUCAUGUUGUUCUUAAUAAACUUGUUGAGCAACACAAAUCAUCUAUCCCAAGCUUUGCAAAGAAAGAAUCAAAACAUUGUUGAAGCCAUGCGUUUGAUCUUGGAUGUGAAAGAAAGCUUGCAGAGCAUGAGGGACAAUGGGUGGGAGUCUUUAUUCUGCCAAGCCAAGAACUUUUGUGAAACACAUGGUAUUGAUGUGCCAAACAUGGAUGAUCUUGUUGGAGCUAUGGGUCAAUCUGUUCGCACUAAGAAUAAGGUGACUCGACUUCAUUAUUACAAGGUUAGCAUAUUCAGUGUUGCCAUUGAUGCAACUAUCACUGAGAUGAAUCACCGAUUCAAUGAAGUUUCCACCGAGUUAUUGGAUUGUAUGUCUUGUCUUAAUCCAGCAAACAACUUCUCCAAGUUUAACGUUGACAAACUUAUUCGGCUUGCUGAAAUUUAUGAUGAGGACUUCACAGAAGCUGGUCGGUUAAUGCUAGGAGUAGACCUCCCAAGAUUUCUUAUGAACAUUAGGAGAAGUGAGGAGUUUAAUGGAUGUCGGGAUGUGUCCACACUUGCUCGGUUGAUGGUUGAAACAAUGAAACACACAUCUUUCCAGUUGGUAUAUCGCCUCAUUGAGUUGACACUUAUUCUUCCUGUGGCCACUUCAUCCAUUGAGAGAAUAUUUUCAGCAAUGAAGAUAAUCAAGACAGAUUUGCGCAACAAACUAUCAGAUGAUUGGCUAAAUGAUUUGAUGGUGUGCUACUGCGAGAAAGAGAUAUUUAGAAGCAUUCCUGAUGACCAAAUCAUGAUACAAUUCCAGAAAAUGAGGGAUCGGAAAGGACAUUUGCCUCAUGAGUUUCAUGUGAUUUCUUAGAGAUGGCUUGCAGGAGGUGCCUUACGCAUACAUUUCUAUAUUUUGGUGUGAAGGUGUUCUAUAACUACAGUACUAGUUAGUAAGAGCAACAUUUCAUUGUCCUUUUGUUGUUACUUCUCUUGUACUUUGAUACCUUGUGUAUGAAUUGUAUUAACAUUUCUAGUAUGGUUAAACAUGUUAUUACUAUUGCUCUUGAAAAUUUUCAUGUCUUUUUGAGCACUGGUUUGGCAG